GUGACGUCAUCAUCAGUCCUGGAAGAAGCCUCCGCCGGCUGAGAGAGAGACCUGCUGGCUCAUCUAUCGAUAGCUUUUAUUACGAUUUCAUUCAGUUCAUCGAUCAUUUACACGUUUUAACUACUACUGUCAUAUUCUAGAGUGGUUUGUUGGUGUCGUCUUUGCUUCCCGCUGACAAUGGCUGAUCCUAAAUACGCAAACUUACCAGGAAUAGCCUUUAAUGAACCGGACGUGUACGAGACCGGUGACCUUCCAGAAGAUGACCAGGCUCAGUUUGAGUCGGAGCUGGAGGAGCUCUGCAGUGACAGCGUGGAGAGGAUUGUGGUCAACCCCAAUGCAGCCUAUGACAAGUUCAAAGACAAGCACAUCAACACCAAGGGGCUCGACUUCUCAGACAGAAUCAGUAGAAGCAGAAGAGUGGGCUAUGAGUCCGGAGAAUUUGAAAUCCUCGGAGAGGGCUGUGGAGUGAAGGAGACGCCCCAGCAGAAGUACCAGCGCCUGCUGAACGAGAUCCAGGAACUCACUCAGGAGGUGGAUACCAUCCAGGCUGCCACAAAGGAAAGCAAUGCAGAGGAACGCCUGACCCCGGUGGUGCUCGCCCAGCAGGCAGCCCAGCUGAAACAGCAGCUGGUUUCUGCCCAUCUCGACUCACUUCUGGGACCGCAGGCACACAUCAACCUGGCUGACCCAGAUGGAGCGCUGGCCAGGCGUCUGCUCACCCAGCUGGAAGUGGCCAAGGGCAGCCGUGGCAACUCCGCAGGAGACGGCAAGCCGACGGCACCGGCUAAGGGCCCAGAUGGAGUGGUACUCUACGAGCUGCACAGCAGACCAGAGCAGGAGAAAUUCAACGAGUCUGCCAAGAUGGCGGAACUGGAGAAGCGUCUAGCUGAGCUGGAGAUGGCUGUUGGCUCAGGAUCAGACAAGCAGGGACCGCUGAAUGCCGGCGUACAAGGAGGCAGUUUGAUGGCUACCAUAGAGCUCCUGCAGGCGAGGGUCAGCGCACUGGACUCAGCUACUCUGGAUCAAGUGGAGGCCAGACUGCAGAGUGUCCUUGGGAAGAUGAAUGAGAUCGCCAAACACAAGGCAGCGAUCGAGGAUGCUGAAACACAAAACAAGGUGUCGCAGCUUUAUGACGUGGUGCAGAAGUGGGAUGCCAUGUCCACUUCUGUACCUCAGGUGGUGCAGAGGCUCGUCGCUGUCAAGGAGUUGCAUGAGCAAGCCAUGCAGUUUGGCCAGCUGCUGACCCACCUGGACACCACUCAGCAGAUGAUCAACAACUCUCUGAAGGACAAUAACACUCUGCUAACACAGGUCCAAGUGACAAUGAAGGAAAACCUGGUGGCUGUAGAAGAGAACUUUUCUGCACUAGAUCAGAGGAUGAAGAAGCUCUCCAAAUAAACGGGUGGCAGAGUUUGGACCGGUCCAGAAGAGAAGAGUGUAGAACAUGGACUAAUAUGAGCUGGCUAGAGAGCACAGAGGAGAGGUUGGGGGUUUAACUCUGUCCUUUCUGGCCAUCCCUCUCUCGCUCUCUACUUCGCCUCUGCCUUUUUUCACUAAGUGGAAUGUUGGAAAGUUGGAAAAGAUGGAUUAACUUAAAAAAAAAAGAAGACCAAAUGUUCUUGUCCACCCUCCUUUCCUCUUCCUUUCUCUUGCAUCAAAUUGAUAUCAACUGAAAACACAUUUGUCCACUCUAUACAUGCCACUAAUUGCAGUCCCCUGUUAAGCUUAUUGAGUUUUAGACUGGAUUGUUUUUAUAAUUAUUAAUAUUAAACAUAAGAAAUUCCUCCAUUCCUUUCGGAGCUUCACUCUAUUAUUACUGGAUUAGUACUGUAAACUCUGGUCAGAUUAAAUGGAUCACAGUAAUGUUGGGUUCACGGAUGACAUAUUAAACAUGUUGUCAACUGUGUAAAGGAAGAAAAAAACUCUGUUGUGUUCUAGUGUUUGUAGCAGGAGCACGUUUUGUGCGAGUGUCAGGGUCAAGUCACGGAAGGAAAGCUUGUAAAUAUGCCUGUGUACCUUAUUGUUUCUUCACGCUCGGUCGCUUGUAACUAUAUUAUUAUGACUGAGACCAGACACCACAGACAAACUUUUAAUCUGCUUUGUCAUUGCCUACAAGUCAACUGUAAUGUACAUCUGUGGUCAUGGAAACGGAUCAAUAAAACAAAGUGCAGUAA